AUGGUGCCGGCUCGCGUCGCACCUGGCGCGGUCUGCUCUGAGGCGGCCAGGAGGAUCGGCGCCGUCGCACGACCGAGUCGAUUCUCGAGGGCGGGGCCGGCGGUGCAGAGGGCGGGCCGGCGGCACUGGCGGGCGCGCAGGCAGCCGUGCGAGGGAGCCUGCAGGGACGUGUGCAGUCGAGUGGCUGCUCGGACCCGUGAUGACGUGGCGCUGCGGGGGACGCCGAACGACGGGGACGGUGGCGACGCCGACGUGGGAUUCGCGAGCAUUUCCGAGGCCCUCGCGGAUGUCGCCGCUGGAAAGUUUGUGGUGGUAUUGGAUGACGAGGAUCGCGAGAACGAGGGGGACCUGAUCAUUGCGGCCGAGCACGCAACCACGGAGUCCAUCGCCUUCAUGGUCAACGAGACCUCCGGGCUGCUCUGCGUCGGCAUGACGGGAGAGGACUUGGAUAGGCUCGAGCUGCCGCUGAUGGUGACGUCCAAGGAGAACGACGAGUCGAUGUACACGGCCUUCACCGUGUCCGUCGACCUGCGCGAGGGAACCCACACCGGCAUCUCCGCACAGGACAGGGGCGCCACGCUGCGCGCCCUUGCCGACCCGGCGAUGCGGCCGCACGACUUCCGCCGCCCCGGGCACAUCUUCCCCCUGCGCGCGCAGUCCGCGGGCGUGCUGUGCCGCCCCGGGCACACCGAGGCCGCGGUCGACCUGGCGCGGCUGGCCGACUGCGCGCCCGCGGGGGUGCUGUGCGAGAUCGUCAACCGCGCGGACGGGAGCAUGCAGACGACGCCGCAGCUCCUGCGCUUCUCGCGCGACAACGGCCUCAAGUGCAUCACUAUCCGCGACCUCAUCCACUACCGCCUGCAGCACGAGCAGCUCGUGGAGGUGGCCGCGCCGCCGCGGGACAUCGCCACGCCGCACGGGCCCUUCACCGCGCACACCUUCAGAACGGUCUACGACGACCGCGAGCACGUGGCGCUCGUGCGCGGCGACGUCGCCGCCCACGGCUCGGACCUGCUGGUGGCCGCGCACGAAGAGGACGUCGUGGGCGACGUGUUCGAGGCCGCGGCCGGCAGCGAGGUGUUUGCGUCCAUGGAGCGGAUAGCGAGCGAGGGGCGGGGCGUCCUCGUGUAUUCGCGGUCCCAGCGCCAGCCGUCGGCCGCGGAGCAGCAGUUCCCGGGCGCCGCGGUGGCCCUCGUGGCCCGCCACCUGGGCGUGAAGUCUGCGCGGGUGCUGGUCCGCAGCGCCGCGCGCUACGCAGCUCUCUCGGGCCUCGGCGUGCAGCUGCUCGGGCGCGAGACUCCGUCGACGUGA